UCUGCUUCUUCCCCAGCGAACAAUUCAAACCCUUUUUUUUUCCUUUGGUUCCAAAUAAAUAUAAUCCAAUUAGCGUAGUAGCAGCAGCAGCGAAGCCAUCAUAACUCGUCGAUUUGAACCACCACACAGCAUCAGCAGCUCGUAUUCCAUUUGAUCUCUUCUUCUUCUUCUUCUGUUGGAUGACGGAGACGAGACGGAGAUGAAGUGCACGCGGCACCCGUUAGAGAACGGCGUCGGCGUCUGCGCCCCUUGCCUCCGCGAGCGCCUCCUCGCCCUCGACGCCGCGACCGCCCCAUCACCGGAUGACCGGAAGGCCUCCACACAAACCCCGUCGCCUCCUCCUCUCCUCUUCCCACGCUCCGUCUCCCCUUACGUCCCCCGCUCUGCCGCUGGCGGCUCCCGGCGGGCCUCCUUCCUCUCCGCCCUCUUCGGCCGCCGCAGACAUGGGAACCUGGAAAGGAAGCCUCAGCGAUCCAGCUCUUGGCUCUCGGCACUCCUGCAUGGCCGUCGGAGGAAGAUGACCUCGUGCAUGUCCGUUGCGGACGACGCCGCCGAGCCGGGACGGGACUGGGGCAUCUCGCCGGAGAGAUCCCGCGGCGGGUACGACGCCGAGCCGCCGUGGCGUCCACAUCGGUCCUCGAUGACGUGGGCCACCGCGGAGCACCACCAUCACCACGGAAGCGGCCUCGCCGGUUUCGCCAUGUGUCUCAGCCCGCUGGCGGCGGCGAGCUCCAGCAGGAGGCGGUCUCGGGUGGCGGAGUUCGGCUUUUCCGGCGAGCUCCCAAGGACCGCGUUAGGCCCGCAUCGCCACCGCCGGCACGCGUCUGCCGGAGGGCCGGUGAUGUGGCCCGACACGUCGCGGAAACCGACGGAACUCGGCAGGUUAAGAUGACGGUUUUGCCCCCAAAAAUCACCACAAAUUACACAGUCUGCCAUUACCAAUUUCCAUACAGGAAAAUAAAUAUUUUGCAUUUACGUUAAGAAAAUAUUAAUAAAAUUCUUGAUACUCUGAACACAAUA